UUCAAAGUCUAUCAUCCCUUCUAACGAACUACUUCUUGAAUGCAGGUGAAUAAUUUGGCUGGAUACCAAAGGAACAGCAAUUUUUUUGUCUGCAAGAAAAUUUACUGAAAACUGUGUGGCACAAUGAAUACAACCAAAAUGCCAACACGCUUCAGCACUUAUUAUGAUUACGACUACGAAACAUAUUCUCCAUGUACCAUGGAAUCUGCAAAGAACUCUGGUGAACGUUUCUUGCCAGUGCUUUACACACUCGUGUUUUUGUUUGGGCUCCCAGGAAAUGUUCUAGUGUUAUGGGUUCUCCUAAAAUACAGACGGCUGAGGAACAUGACAGACAUCUGCCUUCUCAAUUUGGCAAUAUCUGAUCUGCUUUUUGUAAUAUCACUUCCAUUCUGGGCAUAUUUUGCUGCCAAUCAAUGGAUUUUUGGAAAUGUCUUCUGUAAAAUCAUUAAUGCUUUUUAUGUGCUUGGCUAUUAUGGUGGCAUUAUGUUCAUAAGCCUGAUAAGUGUGGACCGUUACUUUGCGAUUGUUCAUGCUGUGUCUCCUUUCUUGAAGAGAACUGCUUUACAUGGUUUUAUUUCAAGCAUAGCCAUGUGGUGUAUAGCUAUUCUAGCAUCACUACCCACUCUGAUACAUACCAAAGCAGUCAACGUGGAAGAAAGAAUCAUUUGCCAUUCCUUUCUUUCAGGUGAAAGCUCACUAAAAUGGGUACUUGGUAACAUUUUCAAAGACAAUGUUUUGGGUUUUUUAGUUCCAUUGGUUAUAAUGAUUUUCUGUUACAGAAAUAUAGUUAUAAUCCUGCUUAAGAACAAAACUAAUAAGCACAGGGCCAUAAAAGUUAUAUUUGCUGUAGUGAUUAUAUUUUUAAUAUUCUGGACACCACAUAAUAUAGUGUUGUUCCUUGUGUCCUUGAAACAACUCCAAGUUUUAAGUGGCUGCGAUACCCAGAACAAGCUCUCUAUGACACAGCAGAUAACUGAAUCCAUCACAUUUGUACACUGCUGUUUAAACCCAAUCAUCUAUGCAUUUUUGGGUCAAAAAUUCAGAUCAGAUCUCCGCAGACUUCUACGUUUGCCUUCAAUAUUUGGAUAUAAAGCACAUAACAAAGGUCUGUUCACUUCUCGCGAGUUUAAUACCUCAAUGCGUUCACAAUCCAGUGGCGAUCAUUAUUCAUCCACAUUAAUGUAAUUCAGCAUUCUUAUGGAGACACAAGAGACUGCAGGUGCUGGAAUCUGGAGCAAAAAAUAACAAACUACGGGAGAAAUUCAGUGGGCCAAGCAGCAUCUGCAGAUGGAAAUGGACUGUCAAUGUUUCUGGUCAAGAACCUUCAUCUGGACCCUACAUCAACUUUCAUAUGUUCUUUUACAAUCAACUUAUAUAUGCUGUACUUUGAUUUGUG